GCGACCUGGCGACAAUAUAACUGGACCCCUAUUUCGUUUUGAUACCCUGCAAACGCCAGGCCCGCACCCUUUCCAUACCGUUUCCUGGCGCGCUUCCCGUCUACCCCUUCCACUACCCCCCACUAAAGUAACACUAUAGCAACACUACAGGGGCAUUGUUAAUCUGCUAAUCUGCCCUGACCACCUACGACCGUUACCCCGGAUCUCCAAAUGAGGCACUAAUCUAAUCGGUAUCGAAGUCGCAACCGUGGCCUUUCAUCCCCUCCAUCCUCGCAUUCGCGUCUACAGCCUCGUGCUGAACUCCACUACUGCAGCGGAACCGAUCUGUGUAAUCGUCGCACCAUGAUGCUCUGGGUUACACUUUCCACUCUCCCUAUCCUCCUCGUCGUCGUGUGGCUGUAUACCGUGGCGACGGUCAAGGGGCGCUUCCCGACUUUGAAGAACAGGCGGAUCUGUUUACUUAUCGCCCACCCCGACGAUGAGGCCAUGUUCUUCGCGCCGGCGCUGCUGGCCUUGACAGACCCGGCGUUGGGGAACCACCUCAAGAUCUUGUGUUUAAGCAGUGGCGAUGCCGAUGGGCUGGGCGAAACACGAAAGAAGGAGCUGGUCAAGAGCGGCAUGCUGCUCGGCCUACGAAAUGAAGACGACGUGUUCGUUGUCGAGAACCCCGACUUCCAAGAUAGCAUGACGGCGACUUGGUCGAAAGAGAAGAUCGCCUCGCUCCUCUCCUCCGCAUUCGCUCCUCACCUUGCCAAUACCCUCACCUCCAAGUCCGCCGACGCGCCGACCGCCACAAUCGACGUGCUCAUCACCUUCGACCGCUCGGGCGUCUCCGCGCACCCAAACCACAUCUCCCUCUACCACGGGGCGCGCCACUUCAUCGCGUCCCUCAUUAAGAACCGUCCAGGUUGGGACAGCCCCGUCGACUUAUACACACUGUCCACGGUCAAUGUGGUGCGCAAGUACGCGAGCAUCCUCGAUACAAUCACGAGCAUGAUGAUCGCCGCAUUCACGAAGCGCAGCGUGGGCGCACACCCCUCCCCGUUGCUAUUCAUGAGCGGGGUGGGCGAGAUCCGGACGGCGCAGCGCGCGAUGACGGACGCACAUAUAAGCCAGAUGAAGUGGUUCCGGUGGGGUUGGAUCGGGUUGAGCAGGUACAUGGCUGUAAACGACCUGAACCUAGAGAAGAUAUCAUGAAUGAGGAGGGGAAAGCGGUGUAUCAUAGGCGCGAGGGUGUUAAUAUUGCUUUAGAGAUGGGAUACAGGAGGGGUUAUGCGACUGGGCAUCUACUAUUCGAGGACUUCAAGGCGUGAUCGUGGGAGGCUGUGGAAGACACAUAGCAAACUUGGGAUAUUCUUAUUGCCGCUGGGCAAAUGUGAUCACUUCAAUUUCAAAGAGCUCAGUAGUCUGGUACCUGGGUGAAAGAUGGUCCAUGGCCGCCCCAUUGAAUAUUUAUACAAGCGAGGCGACUCCGGUCAGGGAUGCGACGGGAUCCUAUUGCCCUACUUAUACCCUAAUAGUGAUUCCGAUCUUCAACAACCCCACUCCGAACUGGUGUAUCGGUAACAUAUCCGCCUCUCACCAUUCGAAAGAAUUAUGAAUCCGCGGUUGCGCGGGGUUCGACUCCCCGGUUCGGAAUAUUUCAGAACCAUCUACUCUCAAGUAGAUCAGUCAAUAUUUUUUGUUUUCAUGUUGGAUAUCUUUUUAUAUCUUUUUGCCAAUUCCGUUGCUAUUACUUAGUAGGUAGAUUUAAUAUGGCGGUUCAGCUAGGACAUAUCCUCUUGGUCAUUUAUUUUUUUCUGAAUAGAAUAUCUCCAGUUUAGUAUUUUACUAUUUGAAGAGAUGGGCAGAAGCUUAAAAACGUCACUCGAGGCGGCCACAGUGAGGGCAGCUAGAAGUACCAUGCAAAUGGGGAUUCUAGAGAAUUGUAUAUUUCCAUUGCUUCCCUCCAAAAGAAGAAGCUGCUCAAAGAAGGUGUUGACGCCCAUAAACCCAUAAAGGGUCCAUAAACAUUUAUUCAAGGCUGGCUGCCGAUGGCGGCAACUUCCGCCCUAGUCAAAUCGCGAUCUUUGAUAACCCGCACCACGCCAGCA